GCCGGGGCGGGGCCGGGGCGGGCGGAACCGGGCCGGGGCGGCGGGCGCAGCCAUGUCCUUCUGCUCCUUCCUCGGGGGCGAGGUCUUCAAAGACCACUUCCAGCCGGGCAUCUACGUCUGUGCCAAGUGCGGCCAUGAGCUCUUUUCCAGCCGUGCGAAGUACGAGCACUCGUCCCCGUGGCCAGCCUUCACCGAGACCGUCCACGAGGACAGCGUGGCCAAGCGCAAGGAGCGGCCGGGGGCUUUAAAGGUGUCUUGUGGCAAGUGUGGCAACGGGCUUGGCCACGAGUUCCUCAACGACGGGCCGAAGAGGGGGCAAUCCCGCUUCUGAAUAUUCAGCAGCUCGCUGAAGUUUGUCCCGAAAGGCAAAGCAGACCAGGACCUGAAGGAGAAGUAAGCAAGCUGUUCUACUUGGCAUGCUGCUCUUGGGCUGGUCCUGCUGUCACACCUUGGGGUGCACCAUCUGGUCAAGGGGGCACCGGGAGCAAGAGAAACCCCGAAGAAGCUCCUGGUUUCCCCGGGCUGGUUCCCUCUCAGGGCUGUUCCGAUUCGGGAUACCGGGGGGGGGAAAAGGGGGUUUCUGAAGUUCUGCACUUGCUGGGUUGUGUCACCUGCGCCUGAGGGUGUUUCACACCAAUUGGGGUGACGCAAAGGAUGCGGCUCUUCAUUUUACCCCCCUUUUCCCCCUCCCCAGCACCCUCGCCUCCACCGGUAGCAGCUGCUACUGGGUCCUUGUGGCUUUGCCCAUUACAGCAGCACGCGUGCCUGCGGUCCUGCCUCUGCUGGGCUCUGCGGCAGUUUUGCUGUUGACUUCAGCCGAGCCAGGACACCCUCCAGAUCACAGCCCCGGGCGGGGGCCCAUUCUGCCCUGGCACCGAUGCAAUCCAGAGUCACUCCGCUGGCAUUUCGAGGGAGUAACGCUGGAUUAGCUGAGGUCAGAGUCUGGGUUAAUCUCUGGUGCUAUUCUGGGCUGGGAUCAUGGUAUGAAUUGCCCUAUAUAAACCCCUCCAGGGUGCUAGGGCAAGGAUGAUUUUAUGAUCCCGCCUGACAGCAUCCAGGUAUUUUCCCCCUCCACCCAUCUUGCACACAGUUAUAGGUUUCCCAUACCCUCUGGGCUUGAUUCUGACUUGGCCUUACACCAGAUUUAUCACUGUGCUAUAAACUCCAGGGGCACUAACGGUUCCUCCUUGCUGUACUCUGGUGCGAGGGAGGCCAGCGUCGGGCUCACGGGAUGCACUUUUGCACAUGUCAGGCUGUAGGAAUCACGUCUGCGUUCCCUUUGCACUCAGGAGGGCUGUGACGCUGAUUUCUCCUUAACUCAGCAUCUGGUUCGUGGCCUUCCCUCCCUGCCCAGAAACCAAAUCCUCUUUGAAAUCUGUACGCAAGGAUUUUUGAAGACGGUUAAAACCUUUUGCUGACCGAUGGGUCCAGUGGCGCGACUCUAGUGCGAUGCACAGGUGGUUUGGUGAGGCGGCGCUGCCGACGCCGUUACGGUGCGUCUGCUCUCAGGGCACCCAAGAGGCUUUUCUCCACCUGCGUUUUGCCUCAACCCCACCGUUACGAGGGCACCGAUUAAGAAGUGCAAUGUGCCAGCUGAUUACCUGGAGCUCACUGCUGAUCUGGUACCUCUUUCAAUACUGAAAAUAAAGCACUGAUUCACUG